AUGGCAUGCACAUGCAGCCUCUGCGUCAUCAAGGGGUGCCUUUGGAUCGUACCGCCCGAGGGCAGGUUCAACGUUAUUCGAGACGAUGGUUAUCUGAAAGAGUAUGCAUCAAAGGCCAUUUCGAACAAGUUCUGCAGCUACUGCGGCACAGGAGUGCUUGGCCAGCAUCUGGUUGGACCGACGCGUGGUCAAACAAUGGUCAAUAUUCGAGCCAUUCAAGGCGUCAAUCCAUUUCAAAUCGAGUCAAAUAUCACCACUAUCGAAACAGAAGACGAAAGAGAUAGGCAAGAGCCUGCGAGUUCGGAGCUGUCGGCCCCCCAUGUCUUCUCAUGUCACUGCGGGAAUCUGCGCGUGGAGCUUGACGUCUCAAUUCAUGACCAGGAAUUCAAGGAGGACAACUGCAGCUUAUGCGUGCGAAAUGCCUACAUUGGAGUUUAUCCAACAAAGGACCAAGCAAGGGUUCAUGGUAGAGAGCACAGCUUUGAAUACUAUGGCAUCAAAGCCGAGUCGACGGGGCGCAGGUGGAGCAGCACAGUCUAUUGCCAAACCUGCGGCGUCUUUACUCUCAGCGUUAUUUACGGGCCGCCCAUUAACGUUUUCGAUAAGCUCGCCCCUGAGAGGAAGGCGCACGCGCUUGAAGUUUACUAUAAGAACAUCAACUUACUGCCGCUCAACGUGCGCGCCUUGAAAGGGUUCCAAACUCGGCUUUUCCCUAAAUCUAUAGACAUUCAAAGGUCGGACGAGGGAACAGAGGGCUAUAAGGAGCUGCUUGAGCCGUGGCGAGGAGGCGAUUAG